AUGGAGCCGGGCUCAUCGAUCCAGAAAGACGAAUCCAGUGAUGUUUCUCCAAAGACGGUUGUCCCAGCUGGCUCAUCCAAAAACGAGUAUUUCCCAGAUCACAAUGCCGGGGGGUCGACGACGAGCGCAAUGACAACCGAUAGCGUCGACUUGUCAGACCGAAAAUCGUCAGCAGCUUCCUUCUCGCCCAGACUCUCGACUGUGAACCCAGGAGAUUCCAGCCCCGUCUCACCGCCAGAGGAAUGGCAAGGAAAUAUCAACGGCAUCAGCAGAAAGUCCUCUGGGACUUCCAUCACGAUCCGACUUCCUCGUAACCCCUCGCUGCCGCAGGGGACAGAGAAAAGGAUGAGCAGGCCGAGAAUCCGAGCGGCCUCGCCCCAACCAGUGCGUCUGUCUGUUAUCCCGAGUGGGAAGGACAGCUGCGUCUGUGACAUUGUCAUUGAGAGCGGUGGUUGCGCUUCAAUUAGUGGUCAGCUCAGGUUGGACCACGCCAAGGGUUGUCCAAUUGCACAACCUAAUGCGCUACUAUGCUGA